CAGGAAAAUCUUAUUUGAUAAAAGCCCUUCAAGGAUAUCUUUGGGUUCAGAAAAACCUGUUUGACGAAUCCACUGAUAUUGCCUUAACGGCACCAACGGGGCUUGCUGCAGCUAAUGUGGGAGGGCAAACACUGCAUAGUCUCUUCAGUUUGCCAGUUGAGCAUGGAGAAAAACUGCCGAAAUACGCCGCCCUCAAGAAGAAUUCGAUGCAGCAAACAAGAACUGUACUGAAAGAUCUAGCUUUGCUCGUAAUUGAUGAGAUCAGCAUGGUGUCAGCAGAGAUGAUGAUGUCAAUCAAUUUGAGAUUACAGGAGAUUUUCGGUGCCGAUGAGUUGUUUGGCGGUAAAACAGUAAUUGUUUUCGGUGAUCUACUGCAGUUGCCUCCUGUCCAUGGAAAACGGCCAUUUCAGGAUUUGUCCGGGGAUGAUGUUCACAACUUAACAGGCGGUCUUAGAAUCCCUAGCCACUUGUGGGGGAACUUCGAGUACGAUGAACUCACCAUCAAUCAGCGUCAAAAAGGAGAGGAGAAUGAAAAAUGGAGUUCUUUACUAGGCAGGAUUCGUAUUGGCCGCCAAAGUCAAGAUGAUAUCAACAUUCUUCAAGAGCGACUUAUCCCAGUCAGACAAUGCGAAUUACCUAAUCAACACUUAGAUCAGAUCGUUGAUUACUACCUCAAUUUGCAAAACCAGUUCCCUACCACUGUUUGUCUAUUGCCAAAAAGGAACAUGAUGGAUUCUUUUAAUAUGACAGUCAUGAACAAACUGUUCCCCAAGGCAAUAAAGGUUGAGGCAGAUGAUGACGUUGACGGUAGAACAAAUGCUGACAAAAAACGGGCAUUAGAUGCAGUUCUGAAGAUUGAUAAAUUGGGUGACUCUCGAAAUACGGCUGACUUGGAAAAGUGUCUUUUCUUGAGCGAGGGUGUCCGAAUAAUGCUAAGAAAGAAUAUUGAUACAGCGAAAGGGCUCGUAAAUGGUGCUAUGGGAAUAGUAACAAAAAUUGUAUCUUUUGAGGAACUUUUAGUGGAAUUUGAUGGGAUUGACGGCGUUGUUACAAUAACGAGGGAUACUCGAAAAGUUAAAUUGUUCGAAGAUUCCUACCUCCAUCGUCGACAGUUUCCUAUCAGUACCGGAUACGCCCUUACCAUCCACAAAGCGCAGGGCAUGUCUCUGAGUCACGUGUUUUGCGACUUAGGAAGUAUGAUCUUUGCAACUGGUCAGAUUUAUGUUGCUUUGAGCAGGUGCAAGACUCUUGACGGACUUCAUUUAGUCAACUUUGACGAAUCACGGAUAACUGUUGACCGUCUGGCUAUUAAUGAGUAUGUAAGACUCAAGAGUAAACCUAUCAUAGCAGCAGGGAUCACUCUGAAGACUGAUGACCAGCCAGAAUCAAACAAAAAGGGCAAGAAAAGACAGACGAAGAAGAAGAAUGAGAGGAUAUGGUAUGAAACCGACGCUGCAAAGAAGGCUAAAGCGACUGUGAAUGAUACCUUAAAGAAUGACAAAAAGGAUCAAUCAAAAGCACGCAAGAAAAAGCAGCCGGUUAAACCAAAGAAAACGAAGCCAACUACUGAGAGGAACUCAAGUUUAACAGCAGCUAAUAUCAGUACACACAUCAAUCAGAUCUACGUCGGAAUUCCUGCUGAGUAUAUUCCGACUACUGAUAUUGUUAGUGGUGCAGAAAUGCUGUUAGCAUACAGGAGGGCUCUAGUACCUGGUCACAGAGGUAAUUUCCGAGACAGCUUUAUUUCGAGAACAGCACUUGAGUUGGACCCUGAUCCAUACAACAUCAGACAGGUCACUGAUCUCUGGUUGACCGGAUCGACUAUCACAAAAUAUAUCGCUGUGAUUAAGGAUGAUUUGACUACAGAGAUCGGGGGUACUACUUUGUACAAUAUGGGACCUUACUGUGGUGGAUAUCGGAGAGAGGGUCGACGUCAGGCUGGUUUGCUCGGGGAUUACAUAAAGAACACAUUUGGCGAAAGACCGUUCACUAGACUUAGACAAUACAUGGUUCUUCCAUUCACUAUCAAGGCUCACAUGGAUAAAUAUGGAGAUCCUAUGAUGCAUGAUAUUAUUGUGAUGGUCGGCAACCCUGGUGCACAUUGGUAUACGAUCAUCAUUGACAACAGAGUGCGGCAGGUUGUGCACUUUGAUUCCCUUGCUUGCUCGACAGCAAGAAUGAAAGAUCGUUGCAGCUCACAUUUAAGGCUGGUUAAAGACUUUCGGCAAUAUCUGAGGGAAGAGCUACAAAUGGAAAUCAGUCAAGAUUUGAAUACUGAUGACUAUUCUUUUGUUGAUGGCCAAUCAAGCAUUCAACGAAAUAGUUAUGAUUGUGGCGUCUUCUCUCUAAUGAACAUAGAGAAAUAUGUCAUUGGCAGACCACUAAAUCAUCUUAUAGUACAACCGCUCAUGAAACUAUUUAGGCUUAGAAUAUUAGGGAAACUUUAUCAACAAGGCGUUCAGCAAGGUUUAAGCCAUUAGAUAUCCUCAUUAUAUAGUGAAAUGAUGUCUUAACCUUGUCAGCUUUUAUAACAUCCCUAAUCGUUGCUGUUAUAUCAUUUUCAUGAGCCGAAGGUGAUGACGAUUUGUCUUUAAACAUGCAACUCAUGUCUUUAUCUUUAUGAUAGUGCGGACUACUUGUAAUGGCACUAUGUGUCCACUUAGCUUGUAGUCUGCUAUUAUAUGUUAUUAAUUGGGUUGUGGGCUACUUGUAAGGGACACUAGGUGUCGACUUGGCUUGUGGUCUGCUAUUAUAUGU